UCCGCCACAGUCUUGCAGCAAGAGUGGAAGUUGAACCUGGACCAAAUUACGGAAAAACUACCCGCUGAAAACUCUCUGCUCUGUGCGAAAACAGACAAUAUUCAUUACUUUUGCCGGCGGCAUUGUUUCGAAUGAUUACUUUAGGGAUUCGUUUAGAGUAAUGACAAUGUUGGGUAUGUAUGUGCCAGAUAGAUUUUCUUUGAAAUCAUCUAAGGUCCAAGAUGGAAUCGGGCUUUACACGGCGAGACGAGUGAAAAAGGGGGAAAAGUUUGGCCCUUUCGCUGGAGAAAAGAAACUGCAGAGUGAGCUGGAUGAGAGCACAGACACCAGACUGAUGUGGGAGGUCCGAGGUAGUAAAGGCGAUGUGCUCUAUGUUUUGGAUGCCAGUAACCCUCGCCAUGCCAACUGGCUGCGUUUUGUCCACCAGGCGCCAUCGCAAGAAGAGAAGAACCUGGCAGCCAUCCAGGACGGAGAGAAUAUCUUCUACCUGGCAGUGGACGACAUUGAGACAGACACAGAAAUGCUGAUAGGCUACCUGGACAGUGAUAUGGAGGAAGAGGAAGAGGAUGAGGAAGAGGAAAUCAUCAAAGAGGAAGAUGAAGACAGCAAAGAGGCCAAACAUCUUAUUGAAAUGGAACUGGUGAUCAAGAAGGAGGACCACCCGUGCCUGCUGUGUGAGAGCAGCUUCCCUAGCGAGGAGAUCCUAGCAGCCCACCUCCAGAGCCUGCACCAGAGACCAAUCACAGAGGAGAAAGAGUACAAGUGCAGGAACUGUGGCAAGAAGUUCCCCAUCAAACAAGCCUUGCAGCGCCAUGUUCUGCACUGUGCCGAGACCCUGGGUCAUUCAGGAGACUCCUCCAGAGGCCACCACCAGUGUUCCUUCUGCCACAUCACCUUCAGCUCAGAGUCCAGUUAUGACCAGCACAAGGAGGCGUGUAGAGGAGACGCCAGGUUCAUCUGUAAGGCUGAGAGCUGUGGGAAGAGGUUCAAGAGCAAAGACGCUCUGAAGAAACACAAAGGGAACGUCCACACAGGAAGUUCCAGGCGGAAGCUUAUGUGCACCAUCUGCAACAGGAAAUGCUCCUCCUUACUGAAUCUCCAGGAACAUCGUAAGGUACACGAGAUAUUUGACUGUACUGCCUGCGAUAAGAAAUUCAUCUCUACCAAUCAGCUCAAGCGCCACAUGAUCACUCACUCAGAGAAACGUCCGUACACCUGUGAGAUCUGCAGUCGUUCGUUUAAGCGUCUGGACCAGGUGACGGCCCAUAAGAUCAUCCACAGCGAAGACAAGCCCUACAAGUGUAAGCUGUGUGGGAAGGAGUUUGCCCACCGGAAUGUCUACAAGAAUCACAAGAAGACUCACUCAGAGGAAAGACCCUUCCAGUGUGAGGAGUGCAAAGCCCUGUUCCGCACCCCCUUCUCUUUACAGCGCCACCUACUCAUCCACAACAGUGAGAGGACAUUCAAGUGUGACCAGUGUGACGCCACGUUCAAGAGAAAAGACACGCUCAACGUGCACAUCCAGGUGGUGCACGACGGACACAAGAAGUACAAAUGUGACCUGUGUGAGAAGGCCUUCGUCACCCCCUCUGUUCUCAAGAGCCACAAGAAGACGCACACAGGGGAAAAGGAGAAGAUCUGCCCAUACUGCGGACAGAAGUUUGCCAGCAACGGCACUUUGAGGGUCCACAUCCGCAGCCAUACAGGUGAGCGGCCAUACCAGUGUCCUUACUGUGACAAAGCAUUCAGCAAGAAUGAUGGACUGAAGAUGCACAUUCGCACACACACUCGGGAGAAGCCAUAUAAAUGCAGUGAAUGUAACAAGGCCUUCAGUCAGAAGAGAGGUCUGGACGAACACAUGAGGACCCACACCGGAGAGAAACCCUUCCAGUGUGAUGUGUGUGAUCUGUCGUUCAGUCUGAAGAAGAUGCUGAGCAGGCACAAGCUGACCCACAACCCCAACAGGCCCAUGGCAGAAUGCUCGCUGUGCCAUAAGAAGUUCACCAGGAACGACUACCUCAAAGUGCACAUGGAGAAUGUUCACGGGGAGACAGAGGGCUAGAACCCAUCUACUGUAUAUGAUACUACUGAAGAUAAACUACAGUGAGCUCCAAAAGUAUUGGCACAUUGACACAUGUGUGGGUUUUUGGUUCUGUACUCCAGCUCUUUGGAUUUGAAAUGAUACAAUGACUAUGAGGUGCAGACUGUCAGCUUUAUUUUGAAGGUAUUUUCAUCCAUAUCUAAAUUACAGCACUUUUUGUAUAGUCCCCCCAUUUUAGGGGACCAAAUGUAUUGGGACAAAUCCACUUACAGUAUGUGUAUUAAAGUAGUAAAAAGUUAAGUAUUGUGUGCCAUAAUCAUAGCGCAUAAUGACUACAUGAAGUUUGUGACUACAAAUUUGUCGGAUGCAUUUUCUGUUUGUUUUGGUUGUGUUUCGGAUUAUUUUGUGCCCUAUAUAAAUGAACGGUAAAUAAUGUAUUAGAAACAUAUUCUAUUCUUAUUUACAAUAAAAGUGACUACAAAAUGACACUAUUUACCAUUCAUUUCUAUUGGGCACAAAAUAAUCUGAAACACAACCAGAAUAAACAGCAAAUGCAUCCAACAAGUUUGUAGAGUCACAAUCUUGAUGUAGUCGUUGUGUGCUAUGAAUAUGGGACCAAAUACUUCACUUUUGGCUACAUAAAAGUGAAUUUGUCCCAGUACUUUUGUUCCCCUAAAAUGGGGGGACUAUACAAAAAGUGCUGUAAUUUCUAAACGCUUCACCCGAAAUGGAUGAAAAUACCCUCACAUUAUAGCUGACUGUCUGCACUUUAACCUCACAGUCACUGUAUUAAUUCAAAUCCAAAGUGCUGGAGUGCAGAGCCAAAGCAACAAAACA